AUGGCCCCUCCAACGCAGACUUUCAACCUUGAUGUCGAGGCAAUCUCAGGCAUUUGCGGAUCCAUAUCCAUUGCCUGUUGGGUCGUCGUGUUCUCUCCGCAAAUCAUACAAAACUUCCAACGUAGCAGCGCCGAUGCCCUAUCGAUUCAAUUCAUCAUUGCUUGGCUCCUGGGAGAUGUCUUCAACAUCCUCGGUGCCGUUUUGCAAGGAGUUCUCCCCACCAUGAUCAUCCUGGCGAUAUACUACACCAUUGCCGACCUCGUGCUGCUCCUCCAGCUGUUUUACUAUCGCGGAUUUACGUGGCGCGACGAGCCGAUUCCAUCCCCGCCCAAGACAAAUGGCAACGCUUCCUCUACAUCGGCAUCCGCCUCUGCUCCUGUGGAUGAAUAUACUGCCCUUAUUGCCAGAGGAGACCACCACCAUCAUCACCGAGAUCACCACGGCCGGCGUGGUUCGGAUUGGUCUGGCUUCUCACCAGCAGUGCCGCAUCUUCUCGAACCACCAACCACUCCGCAACCACCGCCGACUGCCUUUCAAACUAUUGUUUGGAACUCAGUUGUGAUCAUCAUGGUAUGCGCAGCUGGCAUUGCUGGGUGGUUCUUGGGUGAAAAGGCCUCUGGUGAUAAGGAAUCUCCCUCCGACGGCGGUGAUAACUCUCUCGAGUUCAACACUUUGGGUCAGGUAUUCGGAUAUAUUUGCGCGGCUCUCUACAUUGCUUCUCGAUUGCCACAGCUCAUCCUCAACUGGAGACGCAAGACAACUGAGGGUCUUAGCAUGCUCUUCUUCUUGUUUGCCUGUCUCGGAAACGCAACCUAUGUUCUGUCCAUCAUUGUGUACGAGCCGCACUGUGGCGAAGAGGCGUGCGAACCAGCUGAAGCCAGACGACUCUACGGCAGAUAUAUCCUGGUCAAUCUCAGCUGGUUGGCUGGCAGCGCCAUCACUCUUUUGAUGGAUUUUGGCGUUUUCGCACAGUACUUUAUGUACCGCGUGGAAGACGAAACCGACGAAGAAUCCCGUCCCGAAGAUGAUACCAGCGCCAUUGACGAGUCUUGGGAUAACAGACCACUGCUUGACCGAGACUGA